GUUUGUGUGCAGGAGGUGAUGGAUCUGGAGAGAAGUCUGGGUGGAGUUUUAAUAGAGGAUCCCAAGCCGCUGCUUUUUAAAGACAGCUAUCACAACCUCCGCCUGUCCAUCCACGAUAUUCCUCACAAUCACUGGAGGAGCAAACUUCUGGCUAAGUACCAGGAGAUUCCUUUCUAUCACAUUUGGAGCGGCAGCCAGAGACCUUUACACUGCACCUUCAGCCUGGAGCGAGCCAGCCUGGCUGUGUCGCAGCUCGCCUGUAAGAUCUGUGUUCGGCAGGUGGAAGGGGAGGGACAGAUCUUCCAGCUGCACACAGACAUCCAGGAGACUCUCCCACCUCACUCGCCGCUCCCAUCGGCAAGCACCUGCCUGCCUUCCUCUCAGGUGGGACCGUAUGCCUUUCGCCUGCCCGACUCCAUCCGCCACAAGAUCUGUGCCAGCCUGGAUGCACCCAGUGCGCGGGGUUGUGACUGGAGACUUCUGGCUCGCAGUCUGGGCUUUGACAGGUAUCUGAACUACUUCGCCACAAAGCCCAGCCCUACAGGUGUCCUGCUGGACUUAUGGGAAGCGUGUCACCAAGGUGACGCAGACCUGGUCUCUCUGGCGACAGCUUUGGAGGAUAUGGGGAAAAGUGAAGUGCUGGUCGUCAUGACAACAGAUGGGGAUUGCUGAUUGGCCAAGAAACUGGAGAUCAAGCAGGACAUUUUAGGAGUUUUGUUUCGGGGGAAGGUUGGGGGUUGGUGUCCAUGCAGGGAUGAAAAUGAGAACCCUUGCCUAUGAAUAUGCACACGCUGACACAGAUCUUUCAACAGCAGAGCAUUUUGGUUGUACCACCCACUCCUUUGCUGACUCCUGACCAGCCGUUGUAGCCACGUAUCAACCAUAACCCAUUCCCACGUGUGCCGUCCAACUGCCAACCUGAUUCAGCUUCAGUUCUCCAAAGCAAUAUUGGAUCAGCUAAAUGAAAAAAAAAAAAAAAUGAGUGCUCCAAAUGGGGAAAAUGCUGCAAAGUCUUUCAAGAUUGUGAUGUAACAUGUAAUUAAGUAAUAGAAAAUAACAUAUCUUACAUAUGUGAGAACAGUGUUAAAUUGCAGAAAUCUGUUAAGCAAACAAACACCUAUAUGAGAACAUGGGGUUAUUUUAGUAGCAGCAUGGAAGAGCAUGAUUUAACACCAUCUCAUCUCAUGGCACAGCCUUUUGUUUCCUUCAUUCUCAUUCAGAGUGGGCUGUGAAUGACAGGCUGCACCAACCUGCCUGCAGCCGUACAGGCCAACGCACACACAUACGUAUGCACACAUACACUCUGCAAAAUACAGACACGGAGAAAGUGGUCGUUAAUCGGCUUGAAAACAUGCAGGCCAGGAAUUCUCGUCUUAUGGAUAAGGAUCAUAUCCUGAAGGUUUCAGUCGGAUCGCUUCUGGCUGAAAAGGGAAAAAACGCUCUGCCUUUUCGUAACUGUGGGAGUGGGAGAUUAAAUUGCAAAGUUGGUUGCAGGAUUGGCAGAUAACUAGGCUGACUCUUUUUAUUGUACCAACAAAUGCCUCAAAGCCAUGGUAUAUCGCGCCGACUCACAGGGGUGUUUCUCUUUCAUCUCUCCUUGCAUUCCUCCGUCUCUCUGCCACGCUCCCUAUCUGCUGAGAAUAAACUGCAUCAUCCCUCAAAAGUUUCCUUUGGGGAACGCUCUUUAAUUUAUUAUCCAUAUUUGUGGAUUGCAUUUUUUUUCCAUGUUGUUGACAGAGUUAUAAUAUUGGACCUGUUUUACCAUUUGUGCUUCUUUAAGCUGCUGAGCUGCUGUUGAUUGUUAUUUUGUUUUCAUCCUAAAGCGAAGUGCACAGCUUUUAGCCGUUGGUAAGAAAAUUAUCCUAUUGUUUUUAAUUUGAUGCAUCUUUUCAAAAUGAACAAUUUCAAUUGCCUUGCAAAAGUAUUCACACCUCAGACGACAGUUUUUCAUAUUUUGUGAGCUACAAAAUUGUGAUGGGAUUUUAUAUGAUAGAUUGACAACAAGGAAGUUAUAAUUAUGAAUUAAUUAUGAAGCAGAUGGAUAAUUAUGCUCAGCAGACAAAGGUUAUAUACAAUAAAAUAAAAAAAUGCGUAGUAUUUACACCAGCAAAAUAUGGCUGCUUUCCUAAACUUGCAGGGCAAGGUAAGGAGAGCAUAUGAGAGGCAGCCAGUUUUUCCAUAGUAGCCCUGGAGGAGGUUCAUAGAUAAUCUGCUCAGGUGAUGGGCGAUUCUAGAAAGGGGCCAGCGGGGGCCAGUGCCCCUGUAGAUCAUGUCCUGGCCCCUGUUAUGGCCCCUUUACUGAAGACAUAAUACUUAAAGAAGUUCUAAUGAUGAUAUGCGCUGGAAAGACAUGGUUACUGAUAGGUCCUUUGGAUCUAUUUUAUUUUUUUCUUUAGAAAUUCUGUUUUACUAAUUAUUUAAAAACAAUAAGGUGAUAGCUCCAGUGGUAUUGAGAUGGGAACCAAGUUUUCAUUUGCUAAAUGUUUUUGUUUUUUUUUUUUCAAAACAAAUUUUAAAAAUGCUCUAAUUCAGAUUUUAGAGAAAAUUUUAACUUAAAUUAAGUCAAAAAUAUGCAAAAUUCCUAAAUUAUGAAUUUAUAUGGACCUUAUAAGAAAUAGAAUUUUAAUUAAACCUAAUUUAAUAGAAAUGUCACCUCAUACAGUUUUCUUAAUAUAUUUGAAUCCCUUGCCCUGUUUUUUAUUUCAUUCUUUUCUGUGCCCCCAUGAAAACACGCUGGCCCCCUCCUGGCCCUCUGGUACAUUUGGUCUAGAACCGCCACUGGCUCAGGUGGAAUAAGUUGUCAAAGGGGUGAACCAGCUGUUGUAAACUACGCAUCUUCAUAAGAAACAAACCGAAGGAAUGGAAUUUUUGAAAGACGCAUGAGAAAACUCAUUUAUCAUAAGCUAUUUAUAGCACCCUGCAAACAUAUAAAAGAAUGCCCAUUGGUCUUCAAAACUCUAUGUAUGACUGGGAAUGAACUCUGCAAAUCCCACCAUCCCCAUAGUGGUACAUCUUGGUAGCAGCAUCGUUUUAUGGGGAUGUUUUGUUGUUUGGGUGUUUUUUGCAGCAGCAGCAAUAGGAAACCUGUCAGGGUUGAUUAGAAGAUGGAUCUGUAAGCAACUUCAAGCAACCUGAGAAUCUAAAACCUCAAACAUAAUGGCAGAGCUUUAGGGGAAUGUGUGGUCCCAAACUUUUGGCCUGGUUAAAAUCCAAAUCCAAUGAUUUAAAAAGUAAUGUUCACAGAUGCUUCCCAUUUAAAUUGUCUUAGACAUCUUUCAAAGAACCAGCAUAUGUUUUUUUUCUAGAUGUUUAAAGAUGGUAAAUAAAUAAUAAAUAAAAAAAACACACCAGACUUGAUCACAAUAAUAUCUGGAACACACAAUUCCCAGUCGAAAAGGAAUUUAAGUUUCUGUUUCUGACAUGACAUUUGAAAAGGUUUAAGGUUGAUGAACACUUUUGCAAGGCAUCAUAGUUCGUAAGUCCCAGCGCUUUGCUUUGUCUGAGAAGAGACGAUUAUAGAAUAAAUUAGCCUUACCUGAAAUCAAUUUGGCAUCAAGGGACCAUAUAUGUUAAUUUACCGCAACACAAGCUUAAUUAUGUCUUGUAAGUCAUUCUAUCCUCCUUUAUCCAGCAGUGAUGGCUUAUUGACGAUCUAUCUCCUGAGCUCCCUGCUCUGUGGCUAGGCUCCUGGAGCUAUUUGUAUUAUCAUUAUCGAUCUAUCAGUUAUUGUUAGAUGAGAAUAUGAGAAUUUCUUUAUGUUUUGUUUCUUGAAGAAAGGCAAAGCAAGUGUUUAUAGUUUUAAAACGACAGAAACCAAAACAGCGUCAGUAUCCCACCUCCUCAGCUGUGAGUCAUGCAGCUGUUUUGUGUGAAUGAAGUGAGCGUGCCUGAGUAAAUGGGUUUGUGGAGUCAGAUUGGAGUUCACGUACAAAAAAAAUGUGUACAUCAUUUGGAGCUGUCAUUUCUAUAAGUGCUAUGCAAGUAGAAAAGAAAAGUGAAGCUUUUCCAACUUCUUUUGGUUCCUCUAAGAGUAUUUCUAUUUUUACAGAUCAGAACAUUCACAGUUUUUUUUUUUUUGUUUGUUUGUUUUUGUAUCUUUAAGUGGUUUCUGGACAUUCUGAUUUUGCAAAAGCAUUCUCCAUCUGGACUGGGAGAGCUGGAUCACUCACCUCACUGAGGAUGCCAUAAAUGAUAAAAAUCAGAAUGGCACAUCAGGCUCAGGACAAACCGUGGCUUACAUGGUGAACCAUGCCUUGCAGGCCUUUGCCAUGAAGAAACAGCAGACUACAACCCGUUCAGUGAGCCAGCAGGACUUUUUUUUUUUUUUGUGAAUUCAUGGAGCAGAACUUUCCCUGCUGAGAACUACAAAGUGUUUUUGCCUGCAGAUAUCUGGGUGUCUACUUUUCGGCCAUAAUCUCUGGAUUAUUAAAGCCGAACGUGACUGGUUGGCUCAUUUGAAGGAGACAAACUCUGCCUUUGUUCAAAUAUUGAGACAUUUUUACAGAAAAUCUAAAUGGUUCAGUGACAUUAUUUCGUCUCUGUGAAGCACCAAUUGUAAAUACCUGUUUAGCAUUCUUACUUGUAACUAAAUAUAAUUUUUAUGCAAUAAAUU